AUGGGGCUGCUGCGUCCCCUGCCGCACCCGCGCACAGCGGCGCAGACGAAUGCGCAUGGCGGGGCGCAGGCAGGCAGAGCAGCAGGGCAGGCGAGAGAGGCAGAGCAGGUGGGGGCGGGGCAGCAGCGUGGGGGCGAGGUGGGGGCGGGGGUGGAGCCAGUGGCUUAUCUGCCGCUCUCCUAUCUCUCCCUUAUUCCCCCCUCCCACUCGUAUUCCCACCUUACCUCCCACUUCCCCCGCAACCCCCCCUCCACCUCCGCCCCUCCAACCCUUCCCCUCACUCCCAUUUCAUCUCCCUUCCUUCCCCUUUCUCCCCGAUUCUCAUUCUUUUUGCAUUCCCUCGCUUGGCCGCAUCCCAUUCUCCCACUGCAGGCCGAUCGUGCUCUGAGGAAACUUCCUGGAAUUAACCUGAUGCGCGUCCGAGUUGACAUCGCGGAUCUGCAGCUGGCAGCGCUGCCGGGCGUAGAGGGCCGCCCCCUGGUGGCCAUCAGCAAGCACCUCUGCGGCCCCGCCACAGACUUGGCUCUGAGAUGCUGCCUCAACGCCUCCCAGACAAGCCAACCCAGUCAACAGGGUCAACCCAGUCAACAGGGUCAACCCAGUCAACAGGGUCAACCCAGUCAACAGGGUCAACCCAGUCAACAGGGUCAACCCAGUCAACAGGGUCAACCCAGUCAACAGGGUCAACCCAGUCAACAGGGUCAACCCACUGAAGAGAGUCAACAGGGUCAACCCAGUGAAGAGAGGCAACAGGGAACGCGCCUGGCAGGGCUGGCCAUUGCCACUUGCUGUCAUCACCUGUGCGACUGGGAGUCUUACGUCA